AUGGGUCUGCUCAAUUAUCUCGGCGGCCGCGGCAGCAGCGCCGGCGGGGAAGGCUCGUCGCGGCACGUCGAGUCGGACGUCGUGACGGUCGGCGGCGUCGCGCUCGAGGAAGAGAAGUCCUGGGAGCAACCCGAUCCGAGCGUAGACAACGUGCCGUUCACCAGCUUCGACGAAGCGCGCCCAAGCGACUCACGGCGCCGGUCGAGCGCCGCGGAUCGCGAUAAUGUGGUGGACGCGCUGGAACGCGACUUUGAUGUAACAAUUCCAGUCGAGGGCCGGCCCCUCGUGCCGAAUUCUCUUCACCAAAUCGCGACGCUGUGUGUUCCCGAGUCGGCCACCGUCGACGCGAAGCCUGCUCGAUGGCGUAGAGGGUGAUACUGUCUCCCACACAGGUUCAUUUUGACGACGAGCAAAGGAAUAGCGGGCAAGCCGAUCCGUCGCUGGUGGCAGAUUUCGCUCCUUAUCGCGCUUCUAUUACUGGUGCUUUUCCAGACGGCCUGCGCCUACGGCAUCUUCCUGGGGCUCGUUCGCGGUUCAUGCAUCGACAGCGAUGACUGCUCGCACGGCUUCUGGUGCGACCCGACGAAGUCGCCGCCCAUCGGCAAGAAGACGCGCUACUUCUCGGUCUGCAACCGGUGCGACACGAAGACGCUCAAGAACAGCGAGAAGGUGAGCGACAAUCAAUGCCUCGCUUUCUACCUCGAGGAUCCGAGCACGCUUGGUGGGAGCGCUCUGCAGACGACUCUGAACACGCUCGCUGUCGUGUUCCUGCUCGAAAUCGACGACCUCCUUUACAACGCCGUCAUCGACGCGCGGUACAAGCGGUAUGCUAGACGGCAUCGCUUCCGCCUCCGCUGGUUUGAUUACUAUCUCCUCGCACGCGGUUCGGCGUUACAGUCGCGGUGCCUUCGAGUCGGAUCAUCUCCACGCCGACGUGACGCCGUCGACGCGACGUGGUCAUUGGUCGCAUUCCACGCAGGACGCGAAGCGUUUCGUGGUGAUUGUGACGUGUAUGACCGCAAUGGUCCUACUAGUCAACAAUCACGCGAGAGAAUUCGGCCGCGACUCGAUCCUGCUAUUUGUCUGGAUCAUGGUGGCGAUCGGUUUUCUGGAUACCCUGGCCGAUCCCGAGGAGGGCCGGCGCGUGCUGACAAGCUGUGGCGUCAAGAUGACUCGACUCCGCAGCACUCUGACCGCCCUGCUGGUAUGGUUCGUACUAGUGUCUCUCGUUCGGACGCUCGCGAUCACCGUCUUCGAGGUCGUCACUGACUUCAAUGCUGAACGCGGGAACCCGGAAAACGGGAAAGUCUGA